GCCUUAAUAUCAAGAAGAAUACUUUUGUUUUUCAUUAAGAAGAAUAUAAUACCUAUAAAACAUACACAAAUGAUAUAAUAUUUUCAUAUAUUAGCCGAUUUUGAUUUAAUUUCAGUUGCCAUUUUUUCAGAUUCAAAGGGUUGGUUAUAUGUUUUCGUGAAUCUUUAUUUACGUGUGAGUUUUCUUUAUAUACGGUAUUAUGAUAUUUAGAGCUGAAUUGUGAUUGACAAAAUCGUAGAAUAAUCUAAUUGUUAUUCUCUGAAUGAAUAUUCUUUUUUAAUGUGUACAGUGUAAUUACUUGAUUUUUUUUUAAUUUUAUGUCAUCUAUUAUGAUUAUGUACUGAUGUGUUUUUUUGUAGAGUUGUUGUGUACUAUGGCACUCAAUAACUGAAAUAUUUUAAAUCUUACAAACCAGCAUGGGUUACAAAUUAGUGAUUUAUAGGAAGAUGAUUUGAUUCAAGUUGUAUUGAGGUAGAGAAUAACACAGAAAUGUUUAUAGUUUAAUCAUAAAUUUUCUAUUCAAUGCAUAGCAAAGUAGAAGAGAUGAUUUGGACUCUGGAGUCGCUUAGUUAUGUGAUGAUGUACCAGCUCUUGGCUUGUUUAAAGCAUGCAAAUCCUCAUAACUUGGGACGGCGUGUAUCUUCUUGUCUCAGUCAACCAUGGCAAGGUCUAAAAGCUGGUACGUGAUUAUGUCUGUCUUCUGUAUUGUGAAAUCAUGUUUAGCAAUUCUGCUACUUUUUCAAGUCAAUUCCGGGUUGGUUUAGAACCCUCUACACUCUUUGUACUUCACCUUACUGUUACUAGAAACUUAAACUGAGGUAUUGUAGGGCUUUACCCCGAAGGGAGCCCUUCCAGAAAUUCUCGAGAGCCCAAGACAAGCUUAGGCCCAGGAGGGGGUUUGGAAAUAGUUUUCAACCAGCAAUAGACGCGCCUCGGUUAGUACCUCAUUAGCUGCGUCAUUGCCCCAAGCGCAAAGAUGCUUAUCCCAGGAGAACGUGAGCUUUCUUUUAUAACACAAGUUUAUUGACCUUAGUAGUUCUCGCUACCGAUGUGGGACAAAUACACGCACCUUUUACAAUUAAACACCGAUCGGGCUUCAAUGUAUAUUGGGCCUCAGAAUCUGGGUCGAGAAAAAUCUACUAGCAGCUUUUUUCCGAGGUCGAAUUCAGUUUAACAUGAUCUAAGUUUUUUUUUUCUUGUGAAAGAUACCUUUAUUUGUUUGAACUUUAAUACAAUUGGUUAAAGAUACCUUUAUUUAAAAGCUGUUACUGAUUUUCAUAUAACGAAAACAAUCUCUCUCUCCCUCUCUUAAUGUAUUUAUAUAAUUAGUUACCAAGACUAUAAAGUAAUGUUUAUGUAGCUUGUAACAACAUACUUUGUUUAAUACAAUAAUUACAUUUGGUCAAACAUUCAUAAACCUAAUAAUAGCUGUUGACUUCUCCUGAAGUCUCUGAGCUAAAAUUGUGGUUAUUCAUGAGAAUGUUUGGUCUUGUGCUAACAUAUAAGUGAUUUGUGGAGACACAAGUGAUCAUUCAAUUUUUUUUUUUGUUGGAAAAUUUGAUGGGGACACUUUGGUUUGGAGAAAUCAAGAAACAAGCGUCUUUGUUUCUUCAUGACAAGUACAAUGUUGCUAGACUUGUUCUCACCGAUGUUACCGAAACUGAGCUGUUAGUAGAAGAAGUGACAAACGAUGAUCCUUCUUUUCCAGACGCUAAAACGAUGACUAAAAUAGCCGAUGCAUCGUUUAAUACAGUGGAUUACUGGAGAAUUGUGGAUGUUCUUCACAGAAAAAUAGGAAAAAGGGAAGGAGAGAUGAAGAAGUGGAGAGAAGCUUACAAGGCCAUGGUGGUGUUGGAGUUCUUAUUAACACAUGGUCCUCUUCAUCUGCCUCAUGAUUUUCUUUACGACUUGGAUCAUAUUCGUUUCCUCUCAACCUUCCAAUACGUUGACGAUAAAGGAUUUGAUUGGGGAGCUAAGGUACAGAAGAAGGCGGAUCAGAUUCAAACACUUCUUCUAGGAAAGGAAGAACUAAGAGAAGCUCGUCUUAAAGCUCUAAAGAUCACCGCCCAAAUCAAUGGCUUCGGAAACUCCGCAUCUUUCUCUACUCCUUCUCCGCCUCCUUCACCGGCCUCAUCCUCUCCUCUGAAUAGCUCCGGUACAACUCUAACCGAAAGAGAAGCUGUAUCCGAGUCAGAUUCAUUGAUCGGCGAUAAAGACGAGAGGAACCGAGCCGCCGGUGAAGAGACACUGAUCAGCGGGAUCUGCUCCAAGCUCGCCGGUUUCAGCCCUCUGAAGAAACUUCACGGUGGUCGUACGGCGGCCGGAUUUCAUGCUUUGUCGAACGUUGAGAGAGUUUCAAGUAAAUGUUAUGACCGCCGCAACUCUAUUGGCUACUGAUUUUGAUUCUUUGUCAUAAAAAGACAACGGUUCGGUUUUAAUUUACAUAUUUACUGAAUAUCCGGUUAAAACCGGUUUAUGUAAACCUAAUUACGAUACAAGAAAUUUCGCUUUUGCUAAUCCUGUUUAAAGCUUCGUUGGCUAAACA